UGCUCCUCAGGUGUCUUAUUGGGAAGCUGUGAUGUGUAUUCUUCAGUAUUUGAAAAAUGCUCUAGACCUUGGAUUACUAUAUUAUCAGAAUAGAAGGGUAUACAAAUGCAGAUUGGGUAGGAUCUCCGUCAGAUAGAUGAUCCACUACAGCUGCCAGAUGGAAGGGUCAUUAAAGUUGGCACAGAGCGGUUUCAAGCACCUGAAGCUCUUUUUACUCCGGAACUCAUAGACGUUGAAGGAGAUGGGAUGGCUGACAUGGUAUUUCGUUGCAUUCAGGAAAUGGAUAUCGACAAUCGAAUGAUGCUCUACCAACAUAUCGUUUUGAGUGGAGGAAGCACGAUGUAUCCUGGAUUACCUAGUCGCCUAGAGAAAGAAAUUUUGGAUCGCUAUCUUGAAGUUGUUUUGAAGGGAAACAGAGAUGGGUUGAAGAAACUACGUCUGAGGAUAGAGGAUCCACCACGAAGAAAGCAUAUGGUGUAUCUUGGAGGUGCAGUUCUUGCAGGAAUCAUGAAGGAUGCACCUGAAUUCUGGAUUAGCAGGCAAGAUUAUUUGGAAGAGGGAGUUGCUUGUUUAAGCAAAUGUGGCCAGGCGUAAACUUUAUCAUUUGUUAGAUUUUAUCGCCACUUCAUUUCCUCCCUAACAAAAGCAUAAGAAGAUGAACAACUCCAUGUAUCAUUGACAGAAGUUGAGUUGCCAUUGAAGAGUAGCUAGGUAAUGAGCCAGUGAAAUGAACGAGGAAGCAUUUGCAGUGAUGUAGCUUGUAAUUGAUGUAUUUUUUUAUAUUAAUUGAAAAUGAAAGGUUUUUUUCCUUUUUUUUUU